UAAAUCCAUUUCUAGUUCUUCUGAGAUCCUCUCCGCAAGCUUCGAAACCAAAAAUCUCGUCCAAAAGGUCCUCCUUUCCUUUCGCUUCGCGCCUUUCACUGGCUUCUCUUUAUCUCGGUCUUCUCCUCCACUGCGAAGAAAUAUGGCAUCACAUAUUGUUGGGUAUCCUCGCAUAGGACCAAAAAGAGAGCUCAAAUUUGCAUUGGAAUCUUUUUGGGAUGGGAAGAGCAGUGCCAAGGACUUGCAGAAGGUUGCUGCAGAUCUCCGGUCUUCCAUUUGGAAGCAAAUGGCAGACGCUGGGAUCAAGUACAUCCCCAGCAACACCUUCUCCUACUAUGAUCAAGUGCUUGACACAACAGCAAUGCUUGGUGCUGUUCCCAUGAGAUAUGGUUGGACUGGUGGAGAGAUUGGAUUUGACACUUACUUCUCUAUGGCCAGAGGAAAUGUCUCUGUGCCUGCUAUGGAGAUGACCAAGUGGUUUGAUACCAAUUAUCAUUUCAUUGUGCCUGAGUUGGGUCCUGACACCAAAUUCACAUACUCUUCCCACAAAGCGGUGUCUGAGUACAAAGAGGCAAAAGCGCUUGGAAUUGAUACAGUUCCAGUACUUAUAGGACCUGUCUCUUAUUUGUUGUUGUCAAAACCUGCUAAAGGAGUAGAGAAAUCCUUCUCUCUUCUUUCUCUGCUGGGGAAAGUGCUGGCUGUUUAUAAGGAAGUUAUUGCCGAGUUGAAGGCAACUGGUGCAUCCUGGAUUCAGUUUGAUGAACCAACCCUCGUGUUGGAUCUUGACUCCCAUCAGCUGCAGGCAUUCACUGAAGCAUAUACAGAGCUGCAAUCAUCAAUGUUGGGGUUAAAUGUUCUUAUUGAGAGUUACUUUGCAGAUGUUCCUGCAGAGACAUACAAGACCAUCACUUCCUUGAAUUGUAUAUCUGGUUUUGGCUUUGAUUUUGUUCGUGGAACCAAGACCCUUGACCUGAUUAAAAGUGGUUUUCCUUCUGGCAAGUAUCUUUUUGCUGGAGUUGUUGAUGGGAGGAAUAUUUGGGCCAAUGAUCUUGAUUCCUCUCUCAGCACUCUCAAAGAACUUGAGGCUAUUGUUGGCAAAGACUUGCUUGUGGUUUCCACAUCCUGCUCACUCAUGCAUACUGCUGUUGAUCUGAUAAAUGAGACAAAGUUGGACAGUGAAAUCAAAUUGUGGUUGGCUUUUGCUGCCCAAAAAGUUGUGGAAGUCAAUGUUCUGGCUAAGUCACUGGCUGGUGGCAUGGAUGAGGGAGAUAUGCUGAUAACCAAUGGUUUCUUUGUAAACAGUAAUGCUGCUCAGGAUUCAAGGAAGUCAUCUCCUAGGGUUACCAAUGAGGAAGUCCAGAAAGCUGCUGCUGCUUUAAAGGGCUCUGACCAUCGGCGAGCUACUGCUGUUAGUGCCAGAUUAAAUGCACAACAAAAGAAACUAAACCUUCCAAUUCUGCCUACCACUACUACUGGGUCUUUCCCUCAGACAUUGGACCUCCGCAGAGUCCGACGUGAAUAUAAAGCAAACAAGAUAUCAGAAGAUGACUAUGUGGAUGCCAUCCAAGAAGAGAUCAAUAAAGUUGUCAAGCUACAGGAAGAACUUGAUAUUGAUGUCCUUGUACAUGGAGAGCCAGAGAGGAAUGACAUGGUUGAGUAUUUUGGGGAGCAGCUCUCCGGCUUUGCAUUCACAGCUAAUGGUUGGGUCCAAUCUUAUGGGUCACGAUGUGUUAAGCCGCCAAUCAUCUAUGGUGAUGUUAGCCGCCCCAAGGCCAUGACGGUUUUCUGGUCCUCGAUGGCUCAGAGUAUGACUUCCCGCCCAAUGAAGGCAAUGUUGACUGGUCCAGUCACCAUCCUCAACUGGUCUUUUGUCAGAAAUGACCAACCAAGAUCUGAGACCUGUUAUCAGAUUGCUCUUGCAAUCAAGAAAGAAGUGGCAGACUUGGAAGCUGCUGGUAUUCAUAUUAUCCAAAUCGAUGAGGCUGCUCUUCGGGAAGGCUUGCCUCUUCGUAAAUCCGAGCAGGCUUACUACUUGGAUUGGGCAGUCCGCUCCUUCAGAAUCACCAACUGCGGCGUGAAAGAUACAACUCAGAUUCACACCCACAUGUGCUACUCAAAUUUCAACGACAUCAUCCACUCAAUCAUCGACAUGGAUGCGGAUGUAAUCACCCUUGAGAACUCCCGUUCUGAUGAGAAGCUUUUAUCAGUGUUCCGUGAGGGAGUCAAGUAUUGUGCCGGUAUUGGACCUGGUGUCUAUGACAUCCACUCACCAAGGAUCCCAUCCACGGAGGAAAUUGUUGAUCGCGUCAACAAAAUGCUUGCCGUGCUCGAGGCUGACAUUCUAUGGGUCAACCCUGACUGUGGUCUUAAGACACGAAAGUAUGCCGAGGUCAAGCCUGCCCUUGCCAACAUGGUUUCUGCUGCCAAGCUCCUUCGCAAGCAGGUUGCCAGCACCAACCCAGUUAGCAGGGCUUGGAGCGCUGGCAGAUGGAGAAACAGCCGGUGAAGUUGCAGGUGCAGGUGCAGGUGCGUUGCUCACCCCCUUCACAAUUGCUGGCACUGCCGAGUGACUUGGUGCAACACUCGACCAAGGAGCUUGCACGACCCGGGGACUCGGUGCAACACCCAACCAAGGAGCUUGCGCUGGUGCUGGAGCAGUCCAUGUAACUGGUGCCGUAGGACUAGAAGCAGGGACAGGCCAUGGAAGCAGAGCUGGAGCCUCACUUGUUUGUGCUCCACCAGGCACUGCAAUGACUAUAACUAUGGCCACUAGUAUUAAAAACAAUGCUUGGUUUGAAGCCAUUGAAGUUCUCUUAUCUAUGUUGUUUAAUGUUAAGUUUUGAUACAAAGGUCUCUAUUUAUAUCUGAGUUUUGAAUAGAGAUCUCAAGGCAGGCAGGCCGGCCGGCCGGACAGCAAAGGUUCAGGGAAAAAAGGAAAAAAAGUUUAAUAUUGAGUUGAAUCUGAUUGUAUUUUUAGGGUU